UGGAAGGAAUACAGAAUUACAAAGUGAUUACAAAAAAAAAAUGUGUACAUGGAAUAACAAAGGCGUAAAAUGGAAAAACGAAAAAUAAAGCAUGAUUAUUGAUUAGUAGAAAAAGAGAAUUUUGGGGAGCAUUGAUGAAUCAUGAUGAUGUUGCUGUAGUCACUCAGUAGCUCUGAAAGAAAAGAAGUGUCAGUGAUAACUAACAAGCAAAACAGAACACCGAUUGAUUCCUAGAGAUCCACCAUGAAGAACGACAACAUCAACCGUGAACACAACAAAGACACUACAACUGGAAUUCUAGAUUCCCGAUUCAACCAGACCCUCAGAAAUGUUCAAGGGUUACUCAAGGGUCGUAGCAUGCCUGGUAAAAUAUUAUUGAGCCAGAGGGUUGAACCUCCAGAUAACUCAAACUUAGCCUCACCAACUUAUAUAAGGAACUCCUCAUUCGGUGAUACCGGCACGAGUAAUCGCACAACUGAGACCGUAGAGGAGGAAGUUCACAGUACAAGUAAACAAUUUCAUACUCCCAAUGAGAAUAAGUUAAAAGUAUCAGCGUCCAAUGUAGAGAGUGCAUCUGAAGAAGUCCGGAAAUCUUCCAUGGGUGCUAGAGCUACAGAUUCUGCUAGAGUUAUGAAGUUCACUAAGGUGCUUUCUGGGACGAUGGUUGUAUUAGAGAAAUUGCGAGAAUUAUCCUGGAGUGGUGUUCCAGAUUAUAUGCGUCCUACAGUGUGGAGACUUCUCUUGGGUUACGCACCACCUAACUCGGAUAGAAGGGAGGGGGUUUUGAGUAGGAAGCGCCUUGAGUAUCUUGACUGUGUUUCUCAGUAUUAUGAUAUUCCUGAUUCAGAACGCUCAGAUGAUGAGAUCAAUAUGCUUCGCCAGAUUGCUGUUGAUUGUCCAAGAACUGUACCUGAUGUGUCAUUCUUUCAACAACAGCAAGUUCAGAAAUCACUGGAGCGUAUUCUUUACACAUGGGCCAUUCGACAUCCUGCAAGUGGAUAUGUUCAGGGGAUAAAUGAUCUUGUUACGCCAUUUUUAGUUGUUUUCCUGUCAGAAUACUUAGAAGGGAGCAUAGAUAAUUGGUCGAUGUCUGAUUUAUCUUCAGAUAAAAUCUCUAAUGUAGAAGCUGACUGUUAUUGGUGCUUGUCAAAGUUGCUUGAUGGUAUGCAAGAUCAUUAUACCUUUGCUCAACCAGGAAUUCAAAGGCUUGUUUUUAAGUUCAAGGAAUUGGUGACAAGGAUAGACGAACCUGUUUCAAGCCAUAUGGAGGAGCAAGGACUGGAAUUUCUUCAAUUUGCUUUCCGCUGGUUCAACUGUCUUCUAAUCCGUGAGAUACCCUUCCAUCUUGUCACGCGUCUUUGGGACACGUAUCUAGCCGAAGGAGAUGCCUUACCAGACUUCCUUGUAUAUAUAUUUGCCAGUUUUCUUCUAACGUGGUCAGACAAGCUCCAGAAGCUUGAUUUCCAAGAGUUGGUAAUGUUCCUUCAACACCUUCCAACUAAGAACUGGAGUCACCAGGAGCUAGAGAUGGUACUUUCUCGUGCAUUUAUGUGGCACAGCUUGUUCAACAACUCCCCCAGCCAUUUAGCUAAAUGAGCAAGCAAUUGCGAUUUUCUGUAUUUAGUCACUAUUUUCUGGUUUUUCCCUCACUUCCCUUUGGACUUUUUCCCCUUAGUGUGAGAUGAACAAAUUUUUUUGACCAAUUUUUACUUGUAUUUUGCGCUGUAAUAUCUUGUAAAGGAGAGAUCAAAAUAAACAGGAGAGAGAGAGAGGCUUUUUUUUUAGUAGUUGUUUUUGUUGUAUUAAUUUUACAUAUAUUCUAGUAGUGUCAGAAAGUGAUGUUAUUUACUUUCAA